AUGAGCUCACUUAAGGAUUCGGGGAUUCAAGGGAAAUACUACCUUAGAAUAGAUCCCCUUGGAGAGGGAGCUAAGUGGCGUCGGUCAUUUGGUCAGGAGAUAUAUUCUCCAUUUCUCUUAGCCUUCACUGAGCAGGAUGGAGAUAAAUAUACAAAUUUUCAAGUACCAACCUUUUCAGGGAUGGCUCCUUCCUACAGUCUUCCCGACAACAUUGCAAUGAUAACCCUCCAGGAGCUUGAAGAUGGAAAAGUUCUCCUUCGGUUGGCACACUUAUAUGAGAUUGGGGAGGACAAAGAUCUCUCGGUUAUGACAAACGUAGAAUUGAAAAACCUGUUCCCAGAUAAGAAGAUAAACAAGGUGACUGAAAUGAGCUUAUCUGCUAACCAAGAAAGAGAGGAAAUGGAGAAAAAGAGAUUGGUUUGGAAAGUUGAAGGUUCUAAUAAUGAAGAAACCAAUGUGCUAAGAGGAGGCCCUGUCGAUCCUACAAAGCUGGUGGUUGAACUUACCCCAAUGGAAAUUCGUACCUUCAUUAUCGAGUUCAGUUACAAAUGGUCUACUACUGCAAGGUGA